AUGGCUUCUGGUCAAGAGAUGGAUGCUACUAAGGAGGUGCCUGUUGUUGGCAAUGAAGGAGAUACUGCUGCUGCUGCUGCUGCUGACAUUGAUCUCAACCUUGAUGACUUCGUGGUUGACAUGGAGAUCAAUGGAAGUGAAGCUGAGCUUGAGGCUGAUGCUGAAAAUGAGGACGAGGCUGGCUCUGAUGAGGGUGUUUCCAAUGAGACUGAGAACAUUGCUGUCAAGUUUCAGACUCAACUCAUGGAGCAGCAGUUACUCAUUGGAGAGCAGCAGUGCCGCAUCCAGAACUUGGAGGCUGAUUUUGUGUGGCUUCAUGCCUUGAUUGAGAAGCUGACCAGGGAGGUGCAGUUGAUCCCUAAGGAAAAUGACACCUCCAGCUUCAUUCAGGACCUGCACACCACUCUCCAGUUCGUGCAGUAUCAGCUCAAGAAGCAAGAGAAGAACAUCUCUGUGCUUCAGACUCAGUACAGGGAGAUCCGGCGUGGAAACCUCUAUCAGCCUACUCCUGCAGCAGAACGAGUCGCCAAUGCCGCUAACAGCCAUGCUGCACCUGCUGCUGCACCUCCUGCUGCUCGUGUGGUCGUUGCGACCCUUGCCCUGGACGACACUGCGACCAAGUUGGUGUAUGCCAACAAGCGCCACGCAGAGGCGAAUGGCCACCCUUUAAGCUGGGAGGAGUUCAAAGCGGCCAUGCUGACGGCAUUCCUGGUUCAGCCCCCGGCGCUCGAGGUGCGUAGCCACCUGGAGAACAUCCAGUGUGGUGACCAGCCUGUACGGGAGUACGCCAAGGAGUUUGAGAAAAAUCUGUCGCUGCUGAAGACUGCUCUUCCUGAGAGCGAGGUCAUCCACCAGUUCUUCAAGGGACUCCCCGAGCACAUCAAGCGUGUGCAUGUGGUGAAGGGGGAGCACCAGUGGAAGACCUACAAGGAGUGUAAGGAGCACGGAUGUGCACUUCCGUGCGUACCUGGACCUCAAGAGCACUCGUGCUCAGCAGCAGCCUAG